AUGUCCGCCAUCCCUCUCAACUCGGACCCCGUGGCCACCCCGCCUCGCCCGCCGUCCCCCGUCCACGCCUUCGGCACCCUCGCCGUCCACGCCGGCUCCCCACACGACCCCGCUACCGGCGCCGUCAUCGAGCCCAUCUCCCUCUCCACCACUUUUGCCCAGACUGCUGUUGGCAAGCCCGUCGGCGAGUACGAGUACUCCCGCUCCGCCAACCCCAACCGCACCAACUUUGAGGCUGCCGUCGCCGCUCUCGAGCACGCCAAGUACGCCCUCGCCUUCUCAUCCGGCUCUGCCACCACUGCCACCAUCCUCCAGAGCUUGGCUGCCGGCAGCCAUGUCAUCUCCGUCUCUGAUGUCUAUGGCGGCACCCACCGUUACUUCACCCAGGUCGCCAAGGCCCACGGUGUCAAGGUCACUUUUACCCCUGAGAUCGAGAUCGACAUCACCGAGCACAUCACCGACCAGACCCGCUUGAUCUGGAUCGAGACCCCUAGCAACCCGACUCUCCGUCUCGUCGAUAUCCGUGCCGUCGUCUCCGAGGCCCACAAGCACGGCGUCCUUGUUGUCGUUGACAACACCUUCCUCUCCCCCUAUGUCCAGAACCCUCUCGACCUUGGUGCCGACAUUGUCGUUCACAGCGUGACAAAGUACAUCAACGGCCACAGUGAUGUCGUCAUGGGUGUUGCCGCCUUCAACAGCGACGAGCUCAAGGCCCGUCUGGGCUUCCUCCAGAACGCCAUUGGCGCUGUUCCCUCUGCUUUCGACAGCUGGCUCGCCCACCGCGGUCUCAAGACCCUGCACCUGCGAGCUCGUGAGGCCAGCCACAACGCGACCGCUGUUGCCACAGCUCUCGAGGCCUCGCCCCUCGUCAUCGCCGUCAACUACCCCGGCCUCGACUCUCACCCCCACCGACACAUCGCCAAGAAGCAGCACCGCGACGGCAUGGGUGGUGGUAUGCUGUCCUUCCGCAUCCAGGGCGGCCACGCUGCUGCCGAGCGCUUCUGCCAGGUGACAAAGAUCUUCACCCUCGCCGAGAGUCUGGGUGGUGUCGAGAGUCUGGUCGAGGUCCCCAGCAGCAUGACCCACGCCGGUAUUCCACGGGAUCAGCGUGAGGCGGUGGGCAUCUUUGACGACCUCGUCCGCAUCAGCUGCGGUGUCGAGGACGCCGAGGAUCUCAAGAACGACGUCCUGCAGGCCCUCCAGAAGGCUGUCGCGGAAACCAAGACCAACGGUGUCAACGGCGUUAACGGUUCCAACGGGCACUAA